AUGGUGGACACAGAAAACCAGUUUUUCCCCUUAGAGGAGGAUGAUCUCGGAAGCCCCUUAUUUAGAGAGUUCCUACAAGACAUGGAAAACAUACAGGACAUCUCGUCUCUUGGUGAUGAUAGCCCUGGAGCAUUAAGUGUAACAGAGCUCCAGUCUUUGGGAAAUGGUCCAGGAUCCGAUGGAUCAGUCAUUACAGACACCCUUUCACCAGCAUCAAGUCCUUCAUCCAUUAAUUUUGCCACAAUUCCAGGUAGCAUAGAUGAAUCACCUGGUGGAGUAUUAAACAUUGAAUGUAGAAUUUGUGGGGACAAAGCCUCUGGCUUCCAUUAUGGAGUACAUGCUUGUGAAGGUUGUAAGGGAUUUUUUAGGAGAACAAUUCGACUUAAACUCAUCUAUGAUAAAUGUGAUCGUACCUGCAAAAUUCAGAAAAAAAAUCGUAAUAAGUGCCAAUACUGUCGUUUUCAAAAGUGCCUUUCAGUUGGAAUGUCACAUAAUGCAAUUCGUUUUGGACGAAUGCCAAGGUCUGAGAAGGCAAAGUUGAAAGCAGAAAUUCUAACAGGUGAACAAGAUGUGGAAGAUUCAGAAAUGGCAGAUCUUAAAUCUCUCGCCAAGAGAAUCUAUGAGGCCUAUCUGAAAAACUUCAAUAUGAACAAGGUUAAAGCUAGAGUCAUCCUCGCAGGGAAAACCAAUAACAAUCCACCAUUUGUUAUACAUGACAUGGAAACACUCUGUAUGGCAGAGAAGACUCUGGUGGCAAAACUGGUAGCCAAUGGAAUCCAGAACAAGGAAGCAGAAGUUCGAAUCUUCCAUUGUUGCCAGUGUACAUCUGUAGAGACUGUAACAGAACUUACUGAAUUUGCCAAAUCUAUCCCUGGCUUCUCAAAUCUUGAUUUGAAUGAUCAGGUGACUCUGUUAAAAUAUGGAGUUUAUGAAGCCAUUUUUGCCAUGCUAGCUUCUGUAAUGAACAAAGAUGGGAUGCUGGUAGCCUAUGGAAACGGCUUUAUAACUCGGGAGUUCCUGAAAAGCCUAAGAAAGCCAUUUUGUGAUAUUAUGGAGCCGAAGUUUGAUUUUGCAAUGAAAUUCAAUGCACUGGAGCUGGAUGAUAGUGACAUAUCGCUUUUUGUAGCUGCUAUCAUUUGCUGUGGAGAUCGUCCUGGUCUUGUAAAUGUAGAAUAUAUUGAAAAGAUGCAGGAGGGCAUUGUGCAUGUACUAAAACUUCACUUGCAAAACAACCAUCCUGAUGACAUCUUCCUCUUCCCAAAACUCCUCCAGAAAAUGGCUGACCUCCGACAGCUUGUCACAGAGCAUGCUCAACUUGUUCAGAUAAUCAAAAAGACUGAAUCUGAUGCACUCUUGCAUCCUUUAUUACAAGAAAUCUACAGCGAUAUGUAUUAAGGGUUUUUUGUAAUUUUUUCCACGGUAUUUAAAGCCAAGAGCAAUAUUAAUAAUAGAUGAGAGAAAAAUUACUUUGUACAGUUAUCUGCUGUGCUGAAUUCCAGAACAUGAAAAAUCUAAAUUGUAGAUAACUGGAAUGUCACACUUCUUUUGUCGUGGGUUCUUUAAAUACUUUAGAGAAAUUACAUAGUGCUUAUGAAUUUGCUCAUAAGAAGCUUUGGUUAAUUUGAAAUUUGAGGGUUAGCGAGAAUGUGUAUGUACUGAACAAGUAUAUGUUUAACAAAUCUGAAUCUGUUAACUAACAGACCUUGAUUGAUCAAAAUUAUAUUCUGUAUUGGGCUAGUCAUUGAGCAUUAAUUUACCAAAUAGGGCAAAAUUUGUUCAAGAUACGUGCACUAUCUUCUAUAGAUUAUGUACUCUUGGUUUAAAUACUCUCCUGUUCAUUAUUAAGAACCAACUAGCACUUUCAAAUUUUUCUCAAAGAAUAGUCAGGCUAGAUGUAUCAAGUGGCUGGGUAUAACUAUACAUGCACAGGUAUAUUUAUUUGAAAGAUAUUUACUUUGUUGCUGUCUGAAUUAUGAGAGGAAUAGUACUACUUAAGUAACUUUAGGAUUAGCCUUUUUAAAAGAGUCUUUAAAAAAAAGUUAAUUAAAGGAUUAUCAUGGUGUAACUCACAUAAUCACUUCCCUGCCACUGCGGGAGCCUUGGGCACUGGUGCACCUUGGUCCCUUCUAUUCUCUGCCUAUGGCACGUAAUAGUCUAGUCUCCCGUGGGAGGUAAUACCCAAUGAUCAAAAUUAGACCAACCAAAGUAUCAGUGUGUGGGUCCUGGGUAGUGCUGGUGUUCUCUGAUAUACAGGAGGUCAGACUAGUUGAUCUAGUGGUCCUUUCUGGCCGUAAACUGUAAGACUCUAUAAAAUACGUCAAAGAUAUCUUACCAAGCUGCUUGUUAGUGAAUUGUACUUUACAAUGGGGGAAUGCUUUUUCAAAAGUGUUCUAAUGAAACUAGGCAAAAGUCCCUUUUGGGUGGAGAUGUAGUAUAUUGUAUGCAUCUUGGAGAAGUCUUAAUUGCUGAAGAUGAAAUUUUUACUUUAAAAUGCCAUUUUGAAUUAGCAGGACUUGGGGAGUCACCCAGAAGUCUGAUUCUUGCUCCAAGGAAGCUGAAUUCCAGAUUGUUAGAAUACAAUAGCUUCAGGUGGUGGUCUACUCUGAAAAAUGAUUGUAUAAACAAGGCACCUUUAUUCUUAACAGAUCUGCACCUAAUAUGUAUUCAAAGUCAUACAUAUUUACUGUUCUGAUAAAAAAUAUUAUUUUACACUCUCUGCUUAUAUUACCCCCUCAGAGCCAAUCCAGCUGAGUGAAAUGCCUUCUGUUCCUCCUUGUACAUUGUCAACAGAACUAUUAACUAAAUUCCAAAUACACUAUAUUCUGCCCUCCUUUUACUCUACCACACUGGAGACGACAGGUACAGAAUGCAGAAUUUGUAGACACUGAUUGCACAGUUGUAAAGGAAGAGGGCACAGCUUGGAGAAAAUGGUUUCAUGUAAUUGAGAGCAGAAUCUGAGCCACAGUGUAGUUCUGACUGGUGAUGUAAGCCAGAAUAACAUAGCUUGAGUUUAUGUCCAUGUUGUCUGCAGGACUGGCAGAUAGAACAAUCAUGUUACAGUAAACUGAGCACAUUUAAUCUGAAAAUCAUUGAAACAUAAUAGACAUGGAACUCCAUCAUGCCACUUUUCAGAGACUACUGUAUAAAGAAUGAAAACAACUGCUAGCCAUGAGUUUCUUUUGGGAGUAACAUUUAAUAUAUUAAGAGAGCAGAAGGAGACUGUCUUUAUCUUUCUUUUCCUUUUUACCCCGAGAGUUUCUCCAUUGAUCUUUUUUUAUGGGGUGUUUAAAACAAUGAUCUUGACAGCCAAUUUUGACAAUACUUUCAUAGUAAUACUUUCUGUGGCUGAAAAAGGGUCAGUUUUCAUGCCUGCUUUAUUGUAGCAUGGUUUCAAGGCCUCAGAAUCAUAAACCUUCACUAACAGAAUCAACUUGGGAGUAAGGAUUGAUAAAUCCCAGAACACAGAACAGCGAUCUCUGUUUUCAUCAUAGAACUUGUUUCUGCUAGAGACUUGUUGUUACAGUUAGGCUUUUGGUCAUUUGAGCCUUACAUAUUGAGUGAGAUUAGAGUGAUUUUUUUUUCAACUUACACAUUGCAAGUGUUAAAAACAAAGUAUCUAUACUUCCAUCAGUGUGCUUAGAAUCUAUUCCAGUUUCUGUGCUUAUGUAACUUCUCAGGCACACACAGCUCAAACUGGUGCCUGGGUCUGGGAGGGGAAAAGUAAAGAAUGCAUAUACACAAAAUGAUGGCAUACAUGCUACCUUUCCCAUCCACGAUUUUUUAUUUUUUCACAACCAGCAGCAGUGAAAAGUAUGGAUAUAGGACACCUACCUUAUUUAUUCAAUUUGAUAAUAGAUUUUCAAGUUUUAUCAGAAAAUAGUGGAUUGAGAAAUGAUCUGCUUUUAUGUAUUAUUGCAGUACACUGUGACUCUUGAGAAAAAUGAGAGGAUUUCAGCAAUGAUACUUUCUGCUACUAAAAAUGUUUCCCAUUGAAACUGCAAAGUUCAAAAAUCAUGAAUCAGAUGCUAAAAAAUUAUGAGGUUGGCUUAAAAACUAUAAGACAUAUCACUGAUGUCUUGGAUUUUGGGGCAGGGGAUGUUUUAGGGGUUUCUAGGUCACAUUUUCAAACUUUACUCCCAAGAAUGAGGGCUAGAAACUUAAAUGAAGGCUGAGAUUCUCACAUAAUCAUUUCUUUGCAGAAGAUGGGGCUUUAAAUAAAUUAUCACAUAUUGCAAGACUCAUAAUGAAACCAUAAGAGUUGCCAGUAUUUGACUUCUCAAGUUAAAUAUGGACCUAAAUACUCUCGAUCUUUUAAAAUAUUUCAACUUCCUAUUAUUAUCUGUCCUUCUGGAAAUGUAAUUCAGACUUGUUCCAGGUUUAUUACAUUUCCAGUACACUGUCCCUGUUUGUUUCCGACUUUCGUAUAGAUCCAAAUUCUGGACCUUUGCACAGGCCUUAAAUAAACAAAACUUGCUUAGGUAAAUGUCCAUGGGAGUCAGGGAGGGCAACUUUCUUACCCUAUUGAGCAGCACCCAAUACACCCACUUUUCUCCAGGCAGGUGAUUAGACUGGUGGAGCCACAUAAUCAUUGUCACACUAGCUAUACCCUUGCCCAUCCCCCACCAUUCCUACCACCAGCCAUUAGUCUCCGCUGCUUUGGAGGAAGCCAGUGUGGAGUAAAGUUCAGUGCUGUCCAGAAUGCGUGCAGUGCAGAAGAAUCACAGUGAUUCCACUGACUUUAAGUUGCUGUGCUUCCAUUGAAAGGGAGGUAGGGUUUGGCCCAGAAUGAAUAACUAUUACAGUGAAUUAUGAAUUUUUGGUUUUGCCAUUUGGGAUAAAAUGUGAUGUUUUGUUGCCUGGAUGGUUGAGCAAGGGCAGCACUUUCUAGAGAGAGAGUCUUCAAUGCAAUGCUAGAAUUGACUCAGCAGGUAGAUGAUAUGCAUAUGGAGUUACUACUGUUUAUAAAGCUUCAAUUAAAGUAUUUGUUCCUCAAAACUCAAACCCUCAGAAUGCUUAUCCUGUAUGGGGAUGUGAUGCAGCUGACUCAGUUUUAGGCGCAUGCCUUGUGUUUGACUAAUACUAGUCCCCAUAAUUAAGUCUUUGACCAUCAGCCAUUAUGAAUACCUGCUCUGUUAGGAGCUCUAACAGUUAAUUCCUUGCUGCCUGGUAGUUAAGGAGACUUUUUUGUUUUGUCCACUCUCACCUCAUCUGCUGAAUAAAACCAUCUCAUUUUCCUUCAGUCUUUCAUAAAUCCUGGUCUUCCUGGUGCCUCUUUGUCUGAUACUAAAUACAAAGGUGGAGCAGAACCUAUUAACCUCCCUAGUGCUCUUGUUUAGUUAAAUAGCAGCUGUACACACCACAUCUCCCCAGAUGAGGCAGUACGCUGUCCCACCUCCACUUGUAUACGCUAUGACUACGAGCAUCUGAGUACAUCUGCACCCAUGUCUAUGUACUUUCACACUUAACACCAAUAGUGCUAACCCUGCUGAUGGUCUCUACAGCUGUGGUUGGCAUCACUUUCAGCAUUCUUGAUGUAUGCAGCACCCACAUGUGUGUAACAGUGAACAGCACACUUGGUGUGAACCUGAUGACUAUGGUAGCAAUGGCACACAUCCAGAGCCUCUUUGCAUUUCAGCUAGGAUCUUUGUUUGUCAGCAAAGUUCCUGAUCUAGAAAUUCAUUCAUCAAACAUCUAAAAGUUUUUAAAUAGGAAAAGACAGCAGUUGCAUUUCAAGACCGGCUAAUGUUUUGGGUAGUUUCCAUAACCAUUUGAAUUUUGAUGAGUGUUUCAAAGAGCUACAAUUAAAAUUAACAUAUAAAAUAUAUGUACAAAAAGUAUUUGUCUAGGGGUUACAGAAACUUGAACAAGAUGGUAACAGAUCCUAAAAUUCUGGGAGAUUCCACUGAGUGCAUUACAGAGAUACCUAUACUGCCAUCAAAGAAUACAAGACACAGAACAAUUUUCUCAACUGUAAAUUUAGUAUUGGUAUACAGAACUUAUUUUAGCAUUACAUUUUUCACAGAUUUAGCUCAGCUACCUCAACGGAUUAUCACAGUAGACACUAACAAAUUAGAUUUUUCAAGAUGGCUGCUUUUGUGAAAGUUUACAGUUUGAACUAAGUACUAACAGAUUCCUGAGCAAAUUUCAUCAUGCAUAAAGGAGUCAAAUCAUGCAAGCUUUAGGGUUUUUUUAAAAAAAUCAGUUAUAUACAAGAAAGAGUGGUCUUAUUUAGAAGAGAACACGAUUACAGACUUGCUGGCCUGUUUGGUACAUCAUUACUCUGACUAGAAGCAGGUUCUAGGGGAAAUUGUGUAACCUUAAUUUUAAUUCAUUUGGUUAUUCUAUUUAAAGCUUUAUUCUGAUUUCAAAGUGUGUGCAUGCAACCCUCAUUAAUACAAAUGAAGUUACUUGUGGAUACCAACAUAUCCCUUCAUUUCAGGAGCCCAUCUCUAUUUUAAAUGUGCUAAAAUUAAAAUGACAACCAAUCAGAAUGUUUUCCAUUUACCCAAACUGAACUUUUUUGGCAUUUAAAAAUGCCUUAAUUUUCAUUUUCCUGUGCCUUUGGGUUUCUGGUUCCAACCAGCUGCUAAAAUGUCGAAAUGCUGCCAAAGAGCUUAUGUUUGCACUAUUUCUGGCCCAAACAGAUUUAGGAAAUACCAGCAAUUGUACCAGAGUCCAUUCUAAUGAGAUUUCUAGCACAAGUUUUGUAAACUCAAGGGGUUAAGAUAAGCAUCUAAACAUGUUUAUCUUAAAUACUAAAUCUGUGAAAGUUUACUCAUUGCUAGAAUUAGGUCCCACACUGAACUAGCAGUUCUGAGUGGUCUUUCAUUUCUAAUGGACAGCUUUAUGGUAAGAAGUCUUAGACAAAGCAGAUGGCGAAGAUUGCAUUGUAGCUACCUAAAUUAUUUCUGGUCCUCUUCCAUUUCAGCUCAGUUUGUCCCUUAAUUUUCAGUCACAAAGCUUCUAUCUCAGAGUUUUUAAAGAAGAAGAAGAAAAUCAGCAGUUAUUUAAAUCCACUUAUAGCCAUUGUACUAUUUUAUAAUAAAAUUAAUGAAUGGUUGAGUAUGUCAUAAAAUUGGUACUUCAUUCAAAGCCAUAAUCCUUUAUUAAGGCUUGUUGAAUUGAAAGGCACAGUAUGAGGCUUGCCUGUACCUCAAUGCUAUUUUAAUAACCACAUUCAAAUUUGAAUAUCUGUGUUUAAUCAAGUUUGUUAACCCUCAGGUACUGAGUGGUUAAAUUUACAAUAUGGAGGUUUGAACUAAGAUUAGUGGUAUUGUUCAGUUUUGUCUUUUGUUUUUAAACUGAAUGUGAUAGUGUUUCUUUAAACUUCCAUAUGUAAAAUAUACAAAUAUAAUUGCAAGACAAACUUUUAGUAAAUUAUACCACAAAAGCUUUAGAGGAUAUAUGUAAAUUAUUUAAGUGAAACUCUAUGGGCCUGAUUUGCAAACCCUUAGUCACAAAGAGAAUACUUGUAUGAGUAAAGGCCACAAGGUCUCAAGUUAAAGAUGCUAUUAAUUUGUUUGUGGACUUAAUUACCACAAACUAUAUAAAGGACUGUGUCAUGCUCCCUUGCCCUGGACUCUGCCUCAGUUUCCACUCCAUCUGUAUAAAUCAGACUUCUACCAUUUUUAGAACCCUCAUCCAGAGGGUUCCAAUAAUAAAACAGAAACUAACACAGUCUCAGCCAAUAGUCUCUCUGGACUCUUGUUCUUCUCUCCCCAAGAAACAGUUAUGGGCCACCCUGCCACCUCAGCAUUGGCUGCUGUUCCCCAUCCACACUGGGGUUAUCGGUCUCUUGUUCCAAAUUGCCUGCGUCAGCUAUUCCCUCCCCACAAACUUACUCCUUUUCAAAGGACUUUCCACCUUCCUACUCACUCCCCAGAAGCUGCAGGUCUUUCCUGUCCAGAGGCACCCACCAGCUCUCUUUGCAGAGCUAAUAGGAUUUCUCCUACUGUCCUUCUUCCCUGAUAGUUUCCCUUAGGCUUCUCCCUACUACUUCCAAGCCCCAGCUCAGUGUUCCCCCCCUGCUCUUCCUCAUGUAGGAUCCUUUCUAAUCUGUGGAGGUCUCAAGUCUUCCCCAAAGAGAGAACACUCGUGGGUAGCUUCCUUAUACUACUCAGACAGUCUCCUUAUAGAGUUCAGCUGCUCCAUUACUAAUUUGGCUGAUGAGGUAUCACUUGGAGCACCUCAUUGCUCCAAAGUGUAGUUCACAGGGCGGUGGAGGGCAAGUGUUGUGCAAAACUUUGGGACAUAUGCGUGUGUGAGCAUUUGCAGUUGUAAACAAGGUUUGAAAAUAUUUGUAUGUAGAAUGUAGACUUCCUUUCAUUUCUCUUUUGAUACAAGUAAGUCUGGCACAGGAUAAACUGUAGCUGUAAAAUAUUUAGUUAACAUAAUUAAGGGUUGAGGCUCAAACUGGCCAAGGUGUAGGGUGGACUUCAGAACCACUUUCAUCUUUCCAUGCACUGCAGUACUUUAGUUUUCCUACUAGGCUUGUAAUUAAACAAAGAGAGGUCGUUUCUAUAUAAUUCCUGUAGACCUACGUUUCUCUCAUAAUUUAUACUUAAAUUUUAUGAGAAGUUGAUUUUUGGCUUUACCGGAAUAAAGCUGUCCUAUUGUUUAUAUAAAAAAUAAUUUUGGUGCCACACACACUGAGGUUGAACUAUGAUUUCAAAAUUAUGUAACUGUUUGACUAUACAAUGAAAACUAAGUAAUAAUUAAAAUAUGCAAUAACUUGGAAGUCGUUUAAUUUUUCUAUAGGAACAUUCCUUUUUUCCUAUGACUUUAGAUCAGUGGUUUUCAACCUUUUUUUAAUUUGCAGACCCCUAAACAUUUUCAAAUGGAGGUAUGGACCUCUUUGGAAAUCUUAGCCAUAGUCUGCGGACCCCCAGUGGUCCACUGGCCACAAGUUGAAAACCAGGUUCUAUGGUAAAGACAACCUUUCGCAGACCCCUUAGACAUAGUCUGCAGACCCCAGGGAGGUUGAAAACCACUGCUUUUGAUAUAGACUAAGACAAUCUAUAUAUAGGCCCUGAUUCUGCAUCCUGUGACUAAGGUAGAAUUCCAUGUUUGCAUGGAUCUCUUCUAGCAAAUCCUGAUGCAGGAUCAGGCCAUAGACAUUAAGUUAAUUAUUUGUAAUGGUUAAAUUUUUUUCUGAAGAAUUAAAAAAUGACACCCAGGACAAGCACAGUAUGUUCUAAUUGUUCUAGCCAUGAUUUAAUUUGUUGCUGUUUUGUUUGCAGUACAUAAUAUCACAUCUUAUAAUGUUGGUGCAACUUUAAAAUUGUAGAUGAUAUAUUAUCAUCCAAGUUCUCUGUGUUCAUCGAUGUGUCAAAUUUCUAUUAAGAACGUAUUUGUAAAAGAUGUACUAUGUUUUCUUUUGGUAAUCUAUUUUUUCUGCACCGGAUUAACGGUCUGGGGCAGCAGUAAAGUAAAACCUGCGAAGAGCUACAUCAGCUAUGUCAUGUUAUACUGCAACUGUAUAAUAGUGUGAUUCCUGUUAACAAAAAUCAUCCCAGGGGCAAGGUGCUUUUCUAAGCAAUAUCAAUGUGUUUUAAUAGUUUUAUUAAGGCUUCUUUCAGUUUCUUAAUCUAUUUCAAUCCUGGCCUCUUUUACCUUUCUUAAAUUUGUCUGCCUGUGAGAUCACAAUGGCAGGGAGAGAUGUAACGGAGCAACAGAAUAGCUAACGCUGAAGACACAGGGCCAAAUCCUUCAGUCUUGUUGAUUUGCCAAGGUAAACACCAAGGUCCCAAUCCUCAACAAUGUGAGAAGCCUAUACCCAUUGGGCUACUUGCCUAAGUAAUGACGACUCACAGGAAUAUUAGUUGCAGGACUGGCCUGAGUAAGGACUGCAAGAUUUGGCCCAGUUUAUUUAAUGUAAUUUAAGCAUUUUGGAGUAUAUGCUCCUCUUGAUAUGCAUGUUGGCUCCCAUUGUUACACACAUUUGAAAAAUCCUGAUUCAUGAUUGCUGUAAAAGGUUAUGUGGUGACUCAGAAUGUUAUCGUUUACCUCCCGGAGGCUACAGUACUUGGGUUUGGAACAAUGUUAACCAGCUGAAACACUGACAGUAAGCAAAUGGGGCAUCCUAAUUGACUGCAUAUGAGUUCAGGACUGCCCAGAGGAUUCAGGGGGCCUGGGGCAAGGCAAUUUCGGGGGCCCCUUCAACAAAGUUGCAAUACUAUAGAAUACUGUAUUCUUGUGGGGGCCCCUGCAGGGCCUGGGGCAAAUUGCCCCACUUCCCCUUCCCUUCCCUCCCCGGGUGGCCCUGUAUGAGUUCAGUAAAAGUAUCCACUGUCUGUUUAUUUUUUUUCCCCUAACUUGGCUUUGUAAGAUUUCUGUAACAAAAUUGCUGGAUUUGUAUACAAGUCAACUUCAAAUACAUCAUAGCUGUGCUUUAAUACCGCUGACAUAUUUACAUAGCAUAGGUAUAUUUUGCCACAUGGAAGCCAGGACUGCCUUCAUGGAGGCCCCAUCUCUUCGUACUGCCUCCUGCUUUCCACAGUAAAGUAGAAUCGUUAUUAUCUAGUCUUGAUGCCAUGUUCCCUCCCUCUCCUCUCCUCUCCUCUCCCCCCCCCCCCCCACACAUAUUGCCAACAUGCCCCAGCAUUUCUACUCAGGAAGCUUUUACUAAUUAGGGUGGCUAAUGCUCAACCAGCCAGCAUUAACUGAAUGGGUUAUGGGGAGAAUGAUGCCAUGGAAAGAGGCUUUCAUGCAUUCCCACUCCUGGAGUUGAUUCCCACAGGGUGCGUGUGUGAGGGGAGCAUGCUGAUGAGCCAGGAUUCCAUCUCUAUGUCCUUGAUCCACAGACAGCUACUAAGUAUUCCCCUUAGCUUGCAGAAGUGGAAGAGAGCAUUUAAGCCUUGAUUUAUUUCCUUGGUAAUUACAGAGAAAUAGUCAAAGUUGUAAUAUUACUGAUUUCACAAAAGAAACGUCAUCAAACAGUAAAGAUCAGUUUUAUUGACUUCUCAAAGGAUCGACAUUGAAGAUUAAAAGCAGUGAACGGGAGUAGAAACAGCUGUUGAAUUUUUUUUUUUAUUAAAGUAACACACCAAGGUACUUGCACAGUGGUGUUCAUUUUAAUUUUUUUAGAAUGACCCAUAGUAUCCAACGUGACACAAAAAAAUUAUCACUUUUUUGUCAAUGCUGCCAUUAAUUAAAAUCCUAACCUGUGGGGGGUCAUAAGUGGUUAACUCAGCACAAAUAUAGAUAUAAAAAACAUUUUAUGUCAGGGUUUCCAGUUGUCUGUCAAACUUUUCUUGGGUGCCUUUUACUUGUAUUAAAUGUACAAAAGUGUAGUGAAAAAUGUAUCAAACUCAUCAGUAGCAGAUAUUGCUAAGUGGGGAGGAGUCAAAAAUAAUUCUCAUGGAGCGAUUGUCUUCCUGUAAAGUAUCAGUAACUCAGGUUAAAUCCCAUAUUACUUUUUAGUCACAACGGUGCAGGUGAUGUUUUAAGAGAGAAUGGAAAGCCCUGGUAACACAGGGACUUGUAGAAAAGACAAAGUUAAGUGGUCCUUUGCACUUCUACAAGCAACGACAAAAAAGUUUUUUUUUAAUUACUAAAUAUAAUGGAUUCUGAAUAUUUGUUCUAAAAUCAACAGACUGGAAACAGGCCUGUAAAUUGAGUUUUUUUCUAAUUUUUAUUUUACAUUCUGAUUUUUCUCUCCUUAAGAAUAAGGGAUUGAGCUGAUUAGUGAUUGUCAUGACUUGUAAGAACCGUAUGCGCUUAAAGUCAUACUGUAAGACUGAUGAAUGUAAAGAUGGUUAAUUUAAAGCUAUGGUUUUGCCUUAAUGGUUUAAAAAUAAAAUAUUUUUAAAAAUUGUA